AUGUUAGCGAGCAGAACCUGCCUGAGGGCAGCAGUUCGACCAUGCUUGCUACAACAUCGUGCGCCAACUUCAAGGCCUGGACUUGCGAUUCAGAUUCAGUCAUCAUGGCAUACGAGCCGUAUCUUUGCAACGACCCCUCGACACAGAAAGGAUGAUGCGAGGGCAAGGACUGUCCAGAAGCAAGAGGAGGAGACGAAGCAGCCGGCUGAAGAGAAAGUCGGGCCUGAGACUGUGGUCAAGAACAAGGAUGCUGCGAAGCCACAGACGAAGAAUGAUCCGUUGCUUGCUGAGCAGACGGUCUCGAACAAGGAGCAGAGGAAAGCGGACUGGGCCAUUAUCAAGGACAUGUCCCACUAUCUGUGGCCCAAGAACGACUUCAAUACCAAAUUUCGCGUCGGGCUGAGUGUCGGUUUGCUCAUAGGCGCAAAGGUCCUCAAUGUACAAGUACCCUUCUACUUCAAAAGCAUUGUCGAUUCGAUGAACAUAGAUUUCGCAGUCGUUGGCGGGACGGCAGCCAGUGUAGCUGGCGCUGCCAUAUUCGCAUACGGAGCCACGAGGAUAGGCUCGGCCGUGUUCCAAGAGUUUCGAAACGCCAUCUUCGCCAGCGUGUCACAGAGCGCUAUUCGCAAAGUUGCUGGCAACGUCUUCCAUCACCUUCUCAAACUGGAUCUUAACUUCCACCUCUCUCGGCAGACAGGUGGUCUCACACGAGCUAUCGACAGAGGUACCAAAGGCAUCAGCUUCCUACUGACAAGCAUGGUCUUCCACAUCAUUCCCACAGCCCUGGAGAUCAACUUGGUCUGCGGUAUUUUGACUUACCAAUUUGGCUGGAAGUUCGCAGUAUUGACUGUCGGUACCAUGGCGGCGUACUCCUGGUUCACCAUUGCAACGACAGCUUGGAGGACGAAGUUCCGAAAGCAAGCUAACGCAGCCGACAACAAAGGCGCGACAGUGGCAGUGGACAGUCUGAUCAACUACGAAGCCGUCAAGUACUUCAACAACGAAGCUUACGAGGCGAAACGAUACGAUGGUGCUCUGAAAAACUACGAAGAUGCCAGUAUCAAAGUCGCCACAUCACUGGCAUAUUUGAACACCGGCCAGAAUCUGAUCUUCUCCAGCGCGCUGACAGCCAUGAUGUACAUGGGAGCCCAGGGUGUUGCUUCAGGAGAGUUGACAGUUGGCGACUUGGUCAUGAUCAAUCAGCUGGUCUUCCAACUGUCUGUCCCACUCAACUUCCUCGGUAGCGUGUAUCGCGAGUUGAGACAGAGUCUGCUGGAUAUGGAGACAUUGUUCAACCUGCAAAAGGUCAACGUCCAGAUCAAGGAGCCACCGAACGCCAAAGAUCUCAUCCUGAACAAGGGCGGUGAAAUCAAAUUCGAGAACGUGAGCUUUGGCUACCGGCCUGAUCGGCCGAUUCUCCAAAACCUCAACCUCACCAUCCCAGCCGGCAAGAAGGUCGCCAUAGUCGGGCCAAGUGGAUGUGGCAAAUCAACGAUCCUCCGACUCCUCUUCAGGUUUUACGAUGUCGAGAGCGGACGCAUCACCAUCGAUGGUCAGGACAUCCGUGAAAUCAGUCUCGAAUCCCUCCGCAAGAGCAUCGGCGUAGUGCCACAAGACACACCCCUAUUCAACGACACCAUCGAACACAACAUCCGCUACGGCAUGAUCGACUCCUCCCAAAACCAAGUCAUCGCCGCAGCCAAACGCGCGCGAAUCCACGAAAUCAUCGAGGGCCUGCCCGACGGCUACAAGACCAUGGUCGGCGAGCGCGGCAUGAUGAUCUCUGGGGGUGAGAAGCAGCGCCUUGCUGUCUCCCGUCUCAUCCUGAAAGACCCGCCUCUUCUUUUCUUUGACGAGGCGACGAGUGCGUUGGAUACUCAUACUGAGCAGACACUCUUACAUAACAUCAACAGUAUAUUGAAAGAGAAGGCCCGCACGAGCGUAUUCAUCGCGCAUCGAUUGAGGACGAUCUAUGAUUCGGAUCUGAUCAUUGUGCUCAAGGAUGGGCAUGUGGCUGAGCAGGGGACGCAUGAGAAGUUGAUUGACAGUGAUGGAAUCUAUACUGAGCUUUGGAGUGCGCAGGAGAUGGCUUUUGUUGAAGGGGAGCAGGUGAAGCCUGAGGAGGAGGGAAGUGAGAAGAAGGCAUGA